GGACCCAUUACCAUACCAAUAGUGUUCUACGGCAAGGCUGGUUGCUGGUUGUUGGUUGCUGGUUGCUGGCUUCAUUUUUAAAACCUUAAUGGAGUUCGCGCAGCUUGCAAUUCUCUUGUUCCUCUUUUUUGCAAUUAAAAAUUGUGUGAAUCGUAAGAGGUGCACGAUAAAGCUGACCAUCAUAGACCAGCGGCGGCCAGCAGCGACCAGCAGCGACCAGCAGCACCUAUUUAUGUCUUAUCGUCGGUGGAAAUGCUUGACAAUAAAUUAGAAUUUGUGCAAAUUGUCCCAGCCCAGCCGAUCGAUCCACUCCACUCGAUGGUCCCGCCAUGAUCGUGCAAAUAAUAGAGUCAAAACUGAAGAAGCAAAAGCCCUCAGGCAAAUCGCAGAUCUCUGUGAUUUAUACCAUAACAAAAUAAAACCUAAAAAAAUCAAACAAUAACCACAGAGUCGAACUCUGGGUACUCUACCCGUAUGUCCUUUUUGAGGAAUCAAGUAGUGGCAUCACCAUGGAGAAGCCCCUUUUUGGGGUGUAGAAUCUAGAUGAAUUAUGUCCAUACAGCAGGGUAUCUCCCAGUCGAGCCACGUCAUUAAAUACUCGAAUGGGCUGCCUGCUUGGGCUUGGUGCCUUCGAUUGUGGCUAUCCAUAAGCAAAAUACGGACAAUGCGGCGUUUGCUGAGGUCAACGAUUUCUGUUACGUUGUCUUUCACGCUUUUGACGCUUUUUUUGUGACUUGGUCUAAGAGUGUGUGCGUGAAUAUGAAUUUAUAAGUUUUGCGGCUUAUGUAAACCAUUCAGCAAAAUGAGUGGAAGUGCCACCAUCGAAAUAUGUAAUGGGCAAGAGAGUGUGGCCUGGCCUGGUCUGGCCUGGUCUGGUCUGCACGCCAGUGAUGACAUAAUGGAAAACAGUUGCGAAUCAAUACGAAGAAGCUGUAAGGUGAUUCAUGGAGAAUUCAUCGUAGAAUAUUUUGUAAUACAAUGAACCUCAGUGGCAGGCGUCUAAAGAUACACAUCUUGAAGGUCUUCUGAUAAAACGCUAUUCAAUUAGACUAAAAUGAAAUGCAUGUCUGCAGCGAUACUCCUAUUUUCGGCAACUGUGUCGAAAAUAUCCGCAUAAAUAUAAUGGAGAGGCUGCUGGGUUCCCUCAGUUACCUGAAGAACUUACCCGAAGAACUUACCAAAAAAUGUCCAAAUAUCUAUCGUACCUCUGGCUGGUUCUGCUGUGGAGCGGCAUGUCACAUGGAGAUCACUUUGAUGAGUGUGACGGAAUGGCCGACGAGUCGUUUGUCCAAAGCUUAGACAGCUGUCAGUCCUAUGUGUACUGCAUGGGCGAGGACUCGCUGAAGGGCGACUGCGAUGAUGGUGAAUACUUCGAUGCCGAGUCGGGGGGCUGUGAUGAUGCUGCCAAUGUGCAGUGCUUUCUAGACGAGGUCGACGAGCCGGAGCUGGAGCCGGAGCCGGAGCCAGAGCCGGAAGAGGCAGAAGAGGAGGAGCUCACACCAGCCACGGCACCUCCAACGGAUCCAGCACCACCGGUGGACCAGUCCACCGAAGUGGAUAUCCUCAACAUUGCGCCGGUGGUGAAGCCCAAUUGUCCGAUCAGCGACGACCCCAGCCAGGUCAUACUCAUGGCCAGCAACGAAUCAUGCACAAAUUAUUAUCUGUGCUAUCACGGACAUGCCAUGGAAAUGCACUGCACCAACCAGUUGUACUUCAAUGCCCUCACCGGGCAAUGCGACCACGCGGAGAACGUUCAGUGUGCGCUGGAAGAUCCGCGCGCCCACAAAUGCCUGCCCCAUAUGACAGAGUUCUUUCCGCACCCGGACAAAUGCAAUUACUUCUAUUACUGCAUCAAGGGCUUCCUGACAAUACAGCAGUGCCCCUUUUACUAUGGCUGGGACAUCGAGCGAAGGAGUUGUGUGCAGAUAAAUGUGGCGAAAUGCUAUGGAAACUCCCGGCGAACAUCCUCGCCGCUGGAUGUGCGAGAGCAGUGUCAUCAGGGGGUAACCAAAAGGUUCAGCUAUCCCCAGAAUUGUAACUACUUUUACUACUGCGUGGACGGCUUUCUGCUUGUCGAGCAGUGUCCCAUUGGAUAUGCAUUCAAUGCUACGACUGGAGCUUGUGGCGGACGUACACGGAGCUCCAUGGACUGUACUUUGACUUUUUGGAACGAUACAGAGAAGAUGUCGAAGCUUUGUGUUUUCUUGUUUCUAAUGGGCUUCCUUCUUGGCAGAUGCCAGGCGGACGAAUUUGCCGAGUGCAUUGGCAAUGAUGGGGGCUUUGUUUCCUCUCAAAAGAGCUGCGCACACUACAUUUUCUGUAACGGAAAUGAUUCAUAUGACGGUGAAUGCCCUGACGGCGAAUACUUCAGCUCCGAUACGGAAAUGUGCGAGCCAAUGGGCGAUAUUGAUUGUCGCUCAGGACAGGCUAUGGAGACGGAUAAUACACCAGAAUUAGAUUCUAGUACAGAUAGCUCAACAGUUGUCCAUACUGAAUCGCCUUCUAAUAGUACUCUAGCAGCCGAAUCACUGAACGCCACAUCAACUCCAACGUCCAUCGAUGGCCCAGGGAGCAACACGACAGUAUUUGCCCCGAGUGUGGAGAUAAUUGUGACCAGUAUUUGCCCACGAGAGGAUAACAAGAGCCGCAUCAUAUUAAUGGCAAAUCAAAAUUCCUGCACGGACUACUAUGUUUGCUAUCAGGGUGAACCGUAUCCCAUGAACUGUGCGGCCACCUUGCACUUCAAUCCCCGCACUGGCAAAUGCGAUCAUCCCGAGAAUGUGCGAUGUAUGGCAACCACAAACAAUCCCCGGGAGCAGUGCAAACGACAUACGAUGGAUAUUUACCCGCACCCAGAUAAUUGCAAUUAUUUCUACCAAUGUCGCCUGGGCUACUUAAUUGUACAGCAGUGUCCUUUCUUUUAUGGCUGGGACCACGAGAAACGAUCCUGUGUAGUUCUCAGCCAGGCCAAGUGCUAUAACCAAAGGAAAUUUCAAUGAAAUGAUAAUAAAACUUUAGUAUGUACUCUAA